AUGAAUGUUUAUCUCCAAGCUGAACUCUGCCCCGGACACCCCGGAAGUUCGCUAGCGGUUUCUAAAUCUACACUUCCGGACACGCUAAAUAUACACAGUGAAAAGAUGAAUUACGCCCGUUUUCUGACAGCUGUCAGUGCAGCCAGAAAACCCUCACCAAUCAGGAUACUCACCGAGUUGCAGCAGCGGUCGCCUCCGUCUCUGAUCUCUUUGGCCGGCGGAGCCCCAAACCCCAACACCUUCCCCUUUCUGUCCGCAUCGAUACAGGUCAGAAAUGGUCCGACCGUGACCUUUGACGAGACAUCGAUGAAGAGAGCUCUGCAAUACUCCGCCUCCAAUGGGAUCCCAGAGCUGCUGACGUGGAUGAAAGAUUUACAGAAAAGUCUUCACAAUCCUCCCAACCCUCACACAGACAUGUGCGUGACCACCGGCAGCCAAGAAGGCCUGUGCAAGGUGUUUGAGAUGUUGGUGAAUCCUGGAGACAAUGUUUUACUUGACGCCCCAACCUACUCUGGGACUUUAGCCGCGCUGCAGCCGAUGGGUUGUAACCUCAUCAAUGUCUCCAGUGAUGAACAUGGGAUGGACCCCGCGGCGCUGAGGCAGGUGUUGUCCCGCUGGAGUCCGUCUGAAAGCUCCCGUCCCAAGGUCCUGUACACCAUCCCCAACGGAGGCAACCCGACCGGAGCCUCCAUGAACGAGCAGCGCAAGAGGGACGUCUACCAGCUGGCCCAACAGUACGACAUGCUCAUCAUUGAAGACGACCCUUACUAUUUCCUACAGUUUGAAAAGCCCUGGGCCCCCACUUUCCUCUCCAUGGACGUCGACGGCAGAGUCAUUCGGACCGACUCCUUUUCCAAAAUUCUUUCCUCGGGGUUGAGACUCGGUUUUGUCACUGGUCCAAAGCCUUUGGUGGAGAGAGUGGUGCUGCACAUCCAGGCCUCCACGAUGCACACCAGCUCCUUCACACAGUUGAUGGUUUCCCAGUUGCUGCACAGUUGGGGAGAACAGGGUUUCCUGCAGCACAUCCAGGGGGUCAUAGAGUUUUACAGAGAGCAGCGAGACGCCAUGCUCGGCUCUGCAGAGAAGUGGCUCAAAGAUGUGGCGGAGUGGCACGCCCCGAAGGCGGGGAUGUUCCUGUGGAUCAAACUAAAGGGAAUCACUGACACUCAACAACUGAUCCAAGAGAAAGCUCUGGAGAAAGAGGUGCUGCUGGUUCCUGGAGGUGUUUUCAUGAUCGACAGCAGUGAACCGUGUCCUUACGUCAGAGCUGCGUUCUCGCUCUCGUCUCCAGAGAAAAUGGACGAGGCGUUCAGGAGACUGUCGCUGCUCAUCAGAGAAGCUCAGAGUUAA